AUGCGUAGUGAUUUUAAAGAUAAUCAUCAAGAAACGAUCAAUAAAAUGAUACAAUUUGGCACCGUUAAAUAUGGAAUCGUCAAACAGUUGAAAGAUCGUGCGAGAAGCGCCGAGAAAGCUUCAGAUGAUUCGAGCGAUCAGGAGGAGAAUGGUGCUUGCUGCUCGCCCAUUACUAGCCAAGAAAUGGCGAGUAACAAAGACUCCACAAACACAACAACGGCAACAACGGGAGCUACGAAUGUGGUUGCCUCGCCGAAGCAAAGUGCAAUUGGCAAUGAUUUGUCCGUUGCGGCACAAGCCCAAGAUCGCGCACAAAGCGCAGCCGAUGUGGCAGAAAAUAGCACAACAACAGAAGCUGCUGCACACGACGUUGCAGUCACUGAAGAUCACAAUCACAACAACACCAGCAACAUCGACGGCAAUAGCAAUAGCAACGGCAGCGCCAAUGAUGUUAUAAUCGUUUACUACAAUUGA